AUGGCGGAAAGAGUAAAAAUUUUAAAACCUGGAUUAACAAAUAGAAGUAGGUCAGCAUCUAUUGAUAUGAUAGUUAUGGAUGAAAUUGCAAAAAAUAAUCCAAUUUAUACAAAUGAUAAUAGUAAUAAUAAUAAUAAUGAUGAAACAUCAUCAAAUAUUUCAGGAUCAAAUAGUAUUCAAAAUUUAUCAUUAAAUAAUUUAAAUAAUUUAAGUGGUGGUGGUGGUGGUAGUAAUAGUAAUAGUGUAAAUAAUACAAUAUCAGAAAGAAAUCCAGAUUCACCAAGAUUUAGAAGUAAUACAGGUAAUUUACAAACGAUGAUGAUGGUUAGUAAUGGUAAUAUAAUUGGAUCAAUACAAUCACCAUCACCACCAAUAUCACCACGUGCACAAAUGACAGCACCAAAUCUUUCAAAAUUUUUAGAUCAACAUACACCACCACCAUCACCAAAACCCGAGCAUCUAAGUGGUCAUUUAAGAAUUCAACAACAACAUCAUAGCGGUAUAUAUAGAAAUUUAAGUUUUAGUAGUGUAAAUUCAAGUACAUCAUUUGGUGAUUUUAAAAGGUCAACAAAUUUAUUUCAACCACCACAAUCACAAUCUCAACAACAACAACAAUUACAAUUACAACAACAACAACAACAAUCAAUGCCAAAUUUAAGUUUAGGUAAUAAUAUUAAUAGUAAUAAUAAUAAUAAUAAUGGUUCAGAAAAUAAUGAUAUUUCAAUGGAAAUUAAAGAUAAUACAAGUGGUAUUGAUACAAGUGUUAAAAGUUUUUCACCAAGAAAGAAAAGGAAGAAAGAGAAUAAAAUUAUUAGAAGAAUUAGAAGAUGGAUGACAUGGGUGAUUAGUUCAAAUAUUUGGUUAACAAUAAUGAUAAUAUCAAUUAUAUUUGUAUUAUUUAUUGAUGAUAUUAUUGGUGCAUCGGGAUCACCAUCGUCCAAUGCGAUUGAUUAUAGUAUAAUGGCAGUGAAAUGCAGCAUAAUUGGAUUCUUUUCAAUUGAUAUCAUAUUGAAUUUAUUUUGUUUUCAACAAGAGUAUUUCCCAGGCACAAUAGUGUUUUGGCUAGAUUUAAUUAGUUUAAUAUCCAUAGUCACCGAUAUCCACCAUUUUCAAAACUACUAUGCAAAUUUAGUAUUGUCAAUAACUGUAAAUACAAGAAUCAUUAGAAUAUGUGGUUCUUUCAUAAGGAUAUCACUGAUAUCGACAUUGUAUAAUAGAUUCCUAAGAAAGCAAACAUUACCAUCUGAAGGAUUAGAAGUUGAAGCAAGUAAAUUAGGUGAUAAAUUAAUAAGGUUGACAACUAAUAAAAUCGUUUUAUUAGCAUUGGCCGUCUUAUUUGCAACUCAAUUAUUAGUAUAUGAAUCUGAUACACCAACACAAUAUAUUCAAUCAACAAUCUCGUCAUUUGAAUAUUUAUCAUCAACUUAUGGUUUACAAUCACCUGAAUUCACUGGUGUUUUUAAUAAUUAUCAAUUAAAUAAUGAAAAAUUAUUAUUCACACAAAUUUCAAAUCAAAAAAUUUUUAAUUUACCUGAUAAAAUUAAUUCACUUCAAGAAAGAUCAAUUUUAAAAUAUAAUUAUUUAAAUUCAAUAAUUUGGAUUGAUAAUUCUUAUUAUAUAAAAUAUUCAUGUAUUUUACAUUUAUGUUUAACAGUUUUUGUAAUAUUAGUUUUAAUUACAAUUAAUUUAUUAAUUGUAAAUGAUGCACAUUGGUUAGUAAUUAAUCCAUUAGAGAAUGUAUUAACAAUUGUAAAAUUAUUAUCAAAACAAAAUUCAAUGAUAAAACAAGGUGGUGGUGGUAGUGGUAUAGUUGGUGGAUUUUCAAAUAAUACAAUUAAUUCAAAUUCAAAUUUAAAUUCAAAUUCAAAUUUAAAUUCAAAUUCAAAUUCAAAUUUAGUUAGGAAUAGAGUUGAAUCAAUUGGUAAUAAAUCAGAUACUGCUGAUACAACUAGUAGUAGUGGUAUUGAUAAUGAGGAACCUGAUGAAGCAGACUUUUUAUUAGGAAUGUUAAAUGAAAUUGAUGAUUCAUUACAAGCUGCAAAAGAAAAAGUUGAAGAAGAGUCAAUUCAAAAUUCAAUACUUAAAAAAGAUAUUGAAGAUCUUUAUGUUGAGAAAUAUAUAUUACAAGUUCAUCUAAGAUCAAUUGUUAGAAAAAUUAAUUUUCAUGAUCCUAUUGGACAUUAUUUAAAAAAUAGACAACUUUUACUAAUGCAAUCAAAUGCAACUUUUAAUACAUUGGAACAAGAUAGCGAAGAUGAUAUUAGAUUUAAAUUGAAUGAUGACGGCUUACCAGACUUAAAUGUAAUUCAAUAUGCAACCAUUGACAAAUUAAUUGAGAAAUUGACAAUGGCAGAAGCACAUGACUUGAAAUUUGCAAAUGUAUUUUUAUUAACCUAUCGUAAAUUCCUAUCACCAGUGGAGUUGAUGGAGCGUUUGACAAUAAGGUUUUGUGUCACACCUACUAUGGAAUUGCCAGAAAAGUUGUUGGCUUCCAAAGAACAGGUUGAGCAAUGGAGAAAGACAAAACAGGAGCAAAUCCGUACAAGUGUAUUCAAUACUAUUAAACUCUGGAUUGGUAUUUAUAAUUGGGAUUUCUAUGAAAAUCCAGACCUUUAUGAAUUGUUUAAUAACCUAGUUAAUAAAAUCAUGCCAUUUUGUAAAAUGGAGAAACACGCUACCUACAUUGACUCUAUACACAAGAGAAAGAUGGCUACCUAUAUCCAAGAUCCACCUUAUAUACCAAUUGAACCAUUAACUCAGGAGGAAAUAGCAGAAACAAUGGUAUUGGAGGAUAGGCUAUUAUUCAAUUUCGAUAUAUCCGAUAUUGCAAUUCAAAUCACUUUAAUGGAGUUUGAUUUAUUUAAAAAUAUAAAAUCAAAAGAAUUUUUAAACCUUGCAUGGACUCAUAAAACCGAGAAAACUAGGCUCUCUCCAAAUAUCGUCAGAUUCAUUGAACAUUUCAAUAGUGUUAGUUUUUGGCUACAAACUUGUAUUGUUAAAAGCGGGAAAAUUAAAGAACGUGUCGCUGUACUUAAAAAAGUGAUUGCAUUAGCUGACGUUUUCGUACAACUAAAUAACUACUAUGGUGCAAUGGAAGUCCUCUCAUCUUUAGAAUCCUCUGCCGUGUCUAGAUUACAUAAAACUUGGGAACAAGUGCCACAAUCCUCUAUCCAGUCUUUACAAUCCUUACAAAAACUAUUAUCACCACAAGAGAAUUUUAAAAAUUAUCGUGAAAGAAUUUCAAAAUGUGGUUCUUGUUGUAUACCAUAUAUUGGUUUAUAUCUAAGUGAUUUAACAUUCAUUCAUGAAGGUAAUCCAGACUAUUAUCAACAAUCACAAUUAAUUAAUUUCUCAAAACUUCGUGAAGUUGCCAUUACAAUUAAUACAAUUAAACAAUUUCAAAAUAUUUUUUAUUAUUAUGAAAAAAAUCAAAAUAUUCGUUCUCAAAUGAAUUUUAAAUCACCAGGUGCUGAUAUAAUUUGGAAAAUGUCAUUAAGUUGUGAACAAAGAAAUAAAUAA